AUGAGAGGCUUUAUACUGUGUGGGUUGUUGUUGCUGGCGAGUGUUUAUGCUUCCAGCUCCCCAUCCACCGUUGCCUCAUCCGUGGCAAGCGAUCCACCAUCCAGCAGCAGUGUUGGCGUCGAUGGAAGUUCGACAGCGCAAGGUACCAGUUUGCCGCAAAGUUCGACAAUGCAAGGCUCAACUGGUACAAAAGCCACCCAGCCUUCCGCAGCCACUUCGACAACGGGAAACCCAGCCACCCAGCCUGCCAAAGCCACUCACACAACGGAAAGCCCCGGCCCAAGUACUGAACCCCAGUCAACCGUAACAGGACCAACUCCGGCCUCCACUCUGACGCCAUCGGCUAACCCUGACACCACGCCUGCUGGGACAACCGGCGCACCCACCACCACCACUACCACCACUACCACCACCACUCCGAUCCCGAUCACUGUCAAGAAAGCUCAAGUCACAAUGGCAUGCGAUAAUGGACGAUGCAAAUAUCUGCUUCAGGUUCCUCGUCUCAGCAAAGCGUUUAUGCAACAACAAGAGGGAAUCUUGGCCACUGAUCAAGCACUUCUUGACAACGAAGAAAAAAAGUAUCAAAAUUUGACAAAUACGAACGAUGUGAAGGAUAUUGAGGAAAAGUUUAACGAGCUCAAUAAGAGUGUGCAGGAAGCGAUUGGGGAAUACAAUCGAAUUCAAGACGCUCUGAAGAAUAUCCCGACUCAAUCAAUUGCCACAAACACGAGUGCCACGAAGAUUCAAAGUUACAUCACAACGCUGAGAACUCUAGCAAAUACGACGUGCUUCUAUGAUGAGUGCCUUAAACCCGCAACGACGACAGUGACUUCAACCACACCCACCACCACAACAACAACGCCAAAUCCGUGCAAUGGAAAAGAUCCGUGCAAUGGUCAAGCAGAUUGUAAGAGUGUCAGCGGGAAAGCCGCGUGUGAGCCAUGUCGCGGAAACCUUGCUAAUGGGCUCAUGUGUGCUACGAGCACUUGCACAGCUGUAGGCACGUCGCAAAGCCAGAAUGUCACGAGUGGCUCGUGGCUCGUUUCCCCCGGUUUCAACAUCACCGACAAAGAAUCGCCCCAGCCCUAUGGGUCAAAUUUAGCUUGCGAAUGGACGCUGAAAGUUAAUGAUGGAGCAACGUAUUUGGCGCUGCCCACCGAUGACAAGAACCCUUUCUCGACAAUGGACACCACCGGGAAACUCGUGAUGAAAUGUGGUUCCUUCAUGUACACGAUCACCUCUGUAAGUAGUAUCACAAAGGUGAAUGGGGCUCUCAAGACAUGCACCGUCCCGACACUCACCUUUACAUUCACCUCGGGAACCGUCACUGGGAAUGCGUUCUUUGGCGUCCAACUGCUCACGCAACCG